AUGACGGCUACCGGAGCCCCUCCAUCUCAACGUCUCCGUGACACUACCACCACAAACCUCUUCUUUGAUUUGUUUCAUUUCUCCCACUCGGAUUCCAUUAUCUUCAACGUCGUGACCAUUACUCGCGCCUCUCGCGGUGGCUCGAUCUCUUCCCCGCUUCUCACCGCUCUCUUCUUCAUUCGUGAUGCUCUUCCGAUCUUGCCUUCGAAACUUACUCAACAACUUCGCUCGCCUCCGAUCCAAUUGAUUUCACCUACCGGAGAACUCCAGCGAUCCUUCAAGAUCGAAGAAAAUCCGAGAAACGCGAUUCAGGUUGAUGAUGACUGA